GAGAUUCGUAGCGACGCUUCGUAAGCAGACUCAUUUGGUUUUCAGUCACGUAUUUGUGAUUCGUCGAUUCGUUUUACGAGUCGUUUCUACAUUCGUAUUCACGCAUAGGCUUGUAAUUCGUACUCACCGAUAUCUUGAUCGAAUGGCCAAGAAUUAUACUAUACUGGAAAAGCAAUGAACAAAUAGGUGUAUUAGAAAAGAAAAAAAGAAAAAUAGCAAUGAUUGCAGUAAAGUAGAUCACGGUGUGGGACUAUCUUACUGUUAAAAGGCGUCAAGCCAAUUACCAGGGAAUCAGGUUCAAUUAAAAGGCGAGUAACAAUCAUCAGAAUGACUGCUGCUUAUACGAACGAUCCCGUAUCUCAGGAGCAGAACGUAGACAAGAAAACAGGCACAAUAGUCAGUAAAAUAUUGAACAACAAGAAAGAACAAGUAACACGCGAAGAAAGUACCGAAUUUACUUCUGCAGAAAUGAUGAAACUUGCAACAGGUGGUCAGGAGCAAACAGAAAUCCCUGUUAAUCAGGAUAAAUUGACGCUUUGUAUUUCAGUUAAAACACCAGAAAUACUUGAGCAAAAAAUUGAAGAUACUUUGGAAUAUAAAAAAGCUACAGAAGAUGAACUUCUAGAAAAAACUGAAAAUAUUUCAAUUACCAUCGAAAAUAAUCAAAAUACGAAUAUUAGUACUAAUGAAAUUAAAAAUGAAGUGUUAAAAGAUUGUGAUCUAAGUGUAACAAAAUCAACUUCGAAUUCAAUCAUGUCGAUGAAAGUUGAUGCGUUUCUCGAUGAGUGUGAUUUCCAAGAUGUAACGUCGGGAACACGUGGAACUGAUUUUUCUCCGCAAAACAAUUUUGAAUUACAAGAAUUGCAAAAUUCUAUUGAAAGCAUUACUACGGAAGCGAGCAAUUUUUCAAGCAAUUUUGAUAUUUGCAACGGUUCGUUAGAAGAUGCAGUUUUUCAGAAAGGUAUCGAGGAAAUGUAUGAUCCAGAAAGUGAACUGAAUUUUCACGAAGCUGUACGUGCAGGGGACGCCAAGUGCGUCGCGACACUUCUUGCAAGUAACUCUGUACAAAACCUGGACGAACCGGAUUGGAAUGUUUCAGGUGAUCCACCCCUGUUAGUAGCCGCUACGAAUCAUUGUUUGCCUAUUCUCAGUUUACUACUUGCGAACGGAUGCGACCCAGCUGUGCGUUCCCCUCGUGGAGAGACGGCGCUUCACAGAGUGAUUUUAAAUGGAGGACCAGGAAAUGUAUUGCAAUUCGUAGGAGAAUUGUUGAAAUAUGAUUGUCCAUCAGGCGUAAAAGAAGCUGGCGGUGGCUUAACUGCGCUACACAUAUUAACACGACAACUAGCUCAUGCACAAGGAUCAAAAAAUUUGCAUCACAAUUUUGAGGCGGCUCUAAAAACGCUCGAUUUAUUAGCACGCGCUGGUCCUGUUAAUGCGAAGGAUCAUCAAGGCCGCAGUGCGCUCCAUAUUUUAGCAUCCUCUACUAUAUUUGAUAACAAUCAUAGAACUGAAAUCGAAUCAUUGAUCGAAACGUUGUUAGCUGCUGGCGCAGAUCCAUCACUGAAGAAUGAUAGGGGAGAAACUCCUUUGCACGAGUGUCUUGAGUGCGGUGCUUUAAACACUGCGUUUUUACUUAUAUCACCCACGCCAACCGGUAUAAUGUCACGUUACGGUGAAACUCCAUUGCACAUUGCCUCUAGAAAAAAUUAUGUCGACAUGGUGGCGAAACUGUUAGAACACGGGGAAGAUCCUAGUAUACAAGACGCUGGUGGCAAUACACCGUUACAUUUAGCUUCUGCAAGAGGUUUUCACCAAACUGUUUCUUUAUUGGUUACAUCACCACUUGCACAAUUAGAAAAAUUAAAUACAGAAGGAUUAACUGCUCUGCAAGUAGCCGCCGAAAGUGGCUUUGUUAAUGCAGUAAGACUAUUGCUAAAAGCGGGUGCAGAUCCAAGUCAAACAGUCCAUUAUUGUACGACGAUUUUUCAUCGUCAUCCUGAUAUUUCCAUUUUAAUAGAUCACGAAUUGAGUAGACGUCGUCAGCUCGCUGCUUAA